AUGGCCGUUUCCGACCCCCAGUCCCCUCCCGCUGCUGAGCAGCAGGAGGCGCCAGGAAGCGUUGCUCAAGAGGUCCGGAAGAAGCUCACAGGGAGAGAGCUAUACGAUAGUAUAGGGCGUCCAAAGUACAUUGUGGCUCCGAUGGUUGAUCGUUCGGAAUUUGUAAGUUUUCUCUCUCGCAACGGAAAAUUGCUACCUGGCUGUACCCUACCAGCAUGGCGUAUGCUCACUCGAUCCUUCAUGCCCCCCAACGAUCCCGUACCGGUGCUUGCCUAUUCUCCCAUGUACCAUGCACGUCUUUUCCGCGAGCAAGCGGGUGUUCGCGCCCAGCACUUCCAACCGACUCGAGACGUGCUGGAUAAGAAAGAGAAGAAGGACUCCAGUCUCUUUCUCGACGGCAACCCGACCUUUGACCGGCCGCUGAUUGUGCAAUUCUGUGCCAACGACCCUGACGAUCUGCUAGAGGCCGCGAAGCACGUGGCGCCAUACUGCGAUGCCGUGGAUCUGAAUCUGGGCUGUCCGCAGGGUAUCGCCCGGAAGGGCCACUAUGGCGCGUUCCUGCAGGAGGACUGGCCGUUGAUCCAUCGACUGAUCAACCGGCUGCACACGGAGCUUCCAGUCCCCGUGACGGCGAAGUUCCGCAUCCAGGAAACCAAGGAGAAGACGCUGGAGUACGCGCAGAUGAUCCUCUCCGCGGGCGCAAGCUUCCUUACGGUGCACGGCCGCCGGCGAGAGCAAAAGGGCCACAACACGGGACUUGCCGACUGGAGCUACAUCCGCUACCUGCGCGACAACCUGCCGCCGGAAACGGUGAUCUUCGCCAACGGCAACAACCUGAACCACGAGGAUCUCGAGCGCUGCCUCGCGGCCACGGGCGCGGACGGCGUGAUGAGCGCCGAAGGGAACCUGUCCGACCCGUCGAUCUUCAGCGAGCCACCCGCUGUCGGUCACGAAGGAAGAGAAUAUUGGCGCGGCCGGAACGGAAAGGGCGGCUACCGCAUCGACGCCGUGUUCCGGCGGUACCUCGACAUCAUAUACAAGUACGUGCUUGAAGUUCCCGUACCGGACCGGAAACCCCUAUACCUCCCAGGCGAGGAAGAGUCAAAAACAGCACACACUGCAGACCAACAGACAGUGGUAGAAGGAGAAGAAGGAGAAGAAGAGGAAGGCCCGCCCAAGAAGAAACAGAGACGGGAGAGAUACAAACGCCCCGCCUCGCCCAGCCAAGCCGUGAUGCAAGGCCACCUGUUCCAGCUCCUCCGUCCGAUGAUAGGCCAAUACACCAACGUGCGGGAUGCCCUAGCGCGCUCGCGACCAGGCGACAUGCUGGCCUUCGAGCACGUCCUCGCCCUCGUCGAACAGGCUGUCCGCGAGGGACUGCAGGCCUACGAGGCCGACCCGGCCAGCUUUGACGAGCAAUUCGCCGGCCAGCAGGCUGAGUCGCUUACAGGCUCGAAAGCCACGAUAGCCCUCUACAGCCGUCCGUUCUUCAUCUGUCAGCCUUAUAUUCGGCCCUUGCCGGAGGAGGCCCUCGAGAACGGCGCUCUGCAGCCUAAGAAGACGCGCGCGGCAGAGACUAAACAGGAUCCUAUCGUUUCUGAACCCGCUUCGGAGACUGCCACUCCAGACCGUCUUGUGAGUGGAUAG